CAUGAUUUUUGAUUUACAUAAAAGCGGCUCAUUGCAUAUACGCAUUUCAAGAAACGCUUUGGAGAGAGCAAUUGGGAUAAAUAGACGAGUCUUAAGUUAGGUACGGUGUGAAAAAAAGUCGUCUCGAAUUUAAUGGUAUUGAUAAGAUUAAAAUGGCCAGGAAACUGCGCUCCUACGUAAUACUGGUAAGCUUUACGGCAGUCUUCGCCAAAGACCCUGAGCCUGAACUGCCACCAUGUCCGACCAACUUCCAAUUCCUCCCUCAAACUCUACCAAUGCAUUGCAAGAUGACCAGCCAGCCUUUUCAGGCACCACCCUUGCCUCCUCUGUUUCCUCCUUUCAUGCCUGGCCCACCAGCAAAUCCAGAGAAUCCUGCCCCUAGCCCAGAAAAGCCUCUGCCUGCUCCCUUCCCUCCACCAAUGCCUAUGGGAAUGCCUUCAAUGCCUAUGGGAAUGCCUCCAAUGCCCACGGGAAUGAGUCCACCGCUACCCAUGGGUCCCAUGCCUAUGGGUUUACCUGGAAUGCCCAUGGGCAUGCCAGUGCUCGGUGGUCCUCCAUCAGCCAAACUUCCAGUCAUUGUCAUGCCUUUCUACUCUCCUGAUCCAGCUUAUGAGGAUCCUAGAAGAGAUCCAAGAAAACCUUCUGAACCCUACAAGAGGAAAGUCAAGAUUAUCAAGAAACAUCAUCACCAUAAUCACCCCCACUCUCACUCUGAUGACUCAGGCUCGGACACAGAUACAAGCUCAAGUUCUGACACUGAUUCAAGUGACUCUGACAGAGAACGUUGGAAUUGGAAGAACCGCAGGUCUAUGAGGAGACAUAAGAAAAUUAGGCAUGCUAGAAAACAAGACUAUCUAACGCCUGUCCUACAAUAUGUUAGUAAAGAUGGAUUUGUUAUAUUUGAAAAAUCGAUUUCAAAAGAUGAAGCAAAGGAUUGGUUAGGUGAUAAUAAAGGGCCUAAUGAAGAAACAGGUAGUGUAAAUAGACCACAAGAGACAAACAAUAAAUAUGGCACAGUUGAAGAUGAGACGACACCAAAUAAAAAUGUUAAUACUAAAGACUGGUCAAAAGAGGCAGAUCAUAAAGAUGUAAUAAAAAAAAUUCAAGUACGGCAAAGAAAAGCCCGUCAAAAAGAAAUACAACAAGGCAUGAAACAUAAACAGCAAGUACAGCAACAGUAAUAUACAUAUAUGUGUAGAUGUAUUGUAUUUAUAGAUCAUUUUGUACUUUUAUAGUUGUAAAUAAAAUAUUGUAUUUGCAUGA